GGCUUUGAAUUGCGAAGUCUUACCAUCUUGGGACUAGCGGGCGAUAACAUAUAUAAUCACGUGCAGCGGAGCUUCCGCGGAGAGAUUGAGAGAGAACAUCUCGACUUGGCGCGACACAAUAGAACGAGUGUUUCGGCCCCGGACGCUUUGUCACUUGCUGCAAAUAGUUCCGCUAUUGCAUACCCGAUUAUAUGA